GCAGCCUAGGAGACAGCACGACUGGAUCGGCAUAUGCUCCUCGGGAUGCGCUGACUUCAGACACAGGCAAAAAAACCGGACACGAAAGGCUGUGCUUCUCCUGAGUCCAGCUCCGUGGGUGGGAACCCACCAGAAGAAGACCAGCCGAGGCUGUUAAAGACGCACCUUCCCCGCAAGUUAGAUACGCAGUAGAACCGCUCAGGAACAUUAAGCGCUACCUUCAAUGCGGUAGCCUUGCGUAGUCUAUCAUUUCCGUGACGCUGGGAGGCACCAAUGACGUUUGACGGCCAAUCUGCGGGUGUAACGAGACUCCAGUUGUACCUAUCGCAAGGAUCUAUGGUUAGAAAUCUUGCUGCUCUCAAUUCAAUGGAUCUAGGGACCGCAUGGUAUGCGGCAGACAAAGCCACGCUGCAGACGCUAUGGAUGCGUCAUAUCAGGGCCAGUCAGCACGGCACACCGAUAAGAACUCUGAGCUCGAGCCCGAACACUGUUUCGAGUUGCCUCAUGAGAUGACAUCGAUGCCGACAAUUGAUUCGUGGUUGUAUCUGCCGAAUAUGCUAUUGUGUAGCUCGGCAGCAAUGGUUCAUGUGAAGGUACGCCACUAACGCUCGAAUACACAGACCCGUCGAACGCUUCUCGGACACCUGCCACAGAACGAUGAGCUCAAAGUGAUCCGGGUGCAUAUCUUAACGCGACGCACACCGA